GGCACACUGGCCGAAAAACCCGAAACGGAGCGGUGGUGUUGGUAAUAGCAAUAAAGAAAUAUAAUAAGUGUAAAAUAAAAUUAAUUAAAAUAAUUUAAAAUUAUAAAUCAGAUUAGCAAAAAUAAAAUAAAAAAUAUUUAAAUAAAAUAUUUCAAAAAAUUUGAAUUUUGAAGUGAAAUCAUAAAAGUGUUUUUUCGUGAGACGUGUAUAAUAACGGUUUAUUUCGCUUAUAAUUAAGCUGUUUGUAUGUCAACAGACAGACAGCAACAUAAUAUAUGUAUAUAUAUUAUCAAUCUCAGCAACAGCAAAACCGACCGUAAAAUACGAAAGCCACCAUAAAAUAUCAAUUAAAUGCGUUUGAGCAUAUGUGUGUGUGUUUGUGCGUGUUUGCCGUUAUGUUUGCAGCAUAAAUUUCACAUGAAUACAGUAAGGAUAACAUUAAAACAGCGUCUUCGUCACAAUCAGUGUCAACAACGAUGAAUCUACAACGAUAAUAAAAAGACAACGCUUGUACAACAACAACAACAAUAUAUACAAGGAGCGACUUAAAGGUCCCAACAACAACAACAACAGCAAUCUGCAGGUGUGCAACUGAGACAUUAAAAAGAAAACUUACCUCGCAUGUCGAUGUAAGCCGCUUGUUGCGCCAACUGUGCCGUCAAAGUCGCAAUUAUUUGUCACGAGUACACACGGUAUAUGACAUCCUGAGAAACGCAAAAGUAAAAUUUUAAAUGACAAGUAUUUGCAAGCAAAUCCUAACGCUCACAUCACCAGCAUAUCGCCCGAGUAAUGCCAAAGCCACGACAAAAACGUCACUGGCAUUGGCUGAAAACGGGCCAAUUAUACCGUCUCACACUUAUUGUGACAACCAUAUGCAUACCACUUUGCGGUGUUGCUUCCGGCACGACGACUGACUACUUAACCACUGAGACACUAUAUAGCACCCAUGAAAACAACAAUAACAAUAACACCAGAAGUCAACUGCAAACGACAACAAAACCGAAAACUGUAACAAAAGCGCAGGAGCUGUUGGAACUGCAAAAUUUACAGACAACCCAAAUCAAACUAACCCACACGCAGCAAAACAAACAGAAACUUAUCCAACAACCAACACAGCAGAGUCAUGAGAGUGCGCCAAGUGAAUAUGCUGCGGCCUUGGCUACGACAAGAAACCGUCCCAACGUCGAGCUUAAUUUGCCUACGCCAGCGUUGGAUACAGCACCUACCGCUGCUGCUGUUGUUGCUGGUGGAGGUGGUGAUGGUGUGUCGUACGCUACAAAAACAAUGGUGGAAAAGCAGAAGCAUGUAGCAUAUGGUCUACAACAAACACCGACCCACGACGUCGCACACGUUAAAGCGCAAAACGUUAGCGACGCCAUGCGGCCUGACACCCAGGCUGUGGAGAAGAUAAACUUUAGCCGCAGCUCGAUGCGAAUUUCAGCCAAUUGGCCUCAAAACAAUUUGAAGGUUAAUCAAGUGUUUGAAAGUCAACGUCGCAUGACGACGGCAGAAAUUAGGCGCAACAGCCGACGUAUUGUGUUGCUUGGGCUCUUCGAGCUCUCCAACCGGCAGGGACAACGGCUGGAUGGCUGGAGUGAAUUGAGUGCGGCCCAAAUGGCUGUGGAGCAUAUCAAUAGCAAGAAAAUCUUACCCGACUACACACUGGAGCUGCUGACUAACGACACACAGUGUGAUCCCGGUGUUGGAGUUGAUAGAUUUUUCCAUGCCAUCUACACACAGCCUGACACACGUAUGAUUAUGCUGUUGGGCUCCGCCUGUUCGGAGGUGACUGAAAGCUUAGCCAAAGUGGUGCCGCACUGGAGUAUUGUGCAGGUUUCGUUUGGUUCCACUUCACCAGCGCUGAGCGACCGCAAGGAAUUUCCGAACUUUUACCGCACCGUCGCACCAGACUCAUCGCACAAUCCCGCGCGUAUUGCUUUCAUACGCUUCUUCGGUUGGGAUACCGUAACCACAUUUUCCCAAAACGAAGAAGUCCACUCAUUGGCUGUCAAUGAUUUAGUAACCGAACUGGAGGCGGCAAAUAUCUCCUGUGCGGCAACGAUUACAUUUGCAGCGACGGAUUUCAAGGAGCAACUAUUACUGCUAAGAGAAACGGAUACGCGCAUUAUUAUCGGCAGCUUCUCCCAGGAUUUAGCGCCACAAGUGCUUUGCGAAGCGUUUCGGCUACGCAUGUUCGGUGCGGAUUAUGCCUGGAUAUUGCACGAGAGCAUGGGCGCGCCAUGGUGGAACGACAUCUCGGCCACGGGCACCCAUUGUACGCCGAAGGAACUGCAGGAUGCCGUCGAGAAUUUGAUUAUCAUUGCCAGUCACAAUAGGAUUGUGGGGAAUAAGACCAGCUACAGUGGAUUGAACAAUGAGAUGUUCCUGACCGAAUUGCGUCGAAGAGCAAACGGUCUACUUGAUAAUGGCAAUGUUGAUAAUGGCAAACGAAAAUCGAAUGCGGCACGAACUCAUAAAACAACUUCAUUAAGAGACAAAGCGUUGAACACCAACGACAUACCCACCCUAAACGCUGUAGCUGUAUCGACUUAUGCACCUCAAACUUAUGACGCCGUUUGGGCAAUCGCUUUAGCGUUACGAGCUGCUGAAGAACGCUGGCAUAAGUUGGGCAUGCAAUCAAAACUCAAUCAAUUCGAUUAUGUGCGAGCGGAUAUGGCACGGGAAUUCCUUCAGCAGAUGGCGAAAUUGGAUUUUCUGGGAGUGUCGGGUCCCGUUUCCUUUAGUGGGCCGGAUCGUAUUGGCACCACCGCCUUCUAUCAAAUACAAAACGGCACACUCGCACUGAUUGCCCUCUAUUACCCGGCCGCCAGUCGUUUGGACUUUCACUGCCCCCACUGCCGUACGGUGCGCUGGCAUAGCGGUCAAGUGCCCAUCGCCAGACGUAUAUUCAAAGUGCGCGUCGCCACCAUCGCAACGAGCGCCUUCUAUACGAUAGCCACGCUAUCGGUUGUCGGCAUCAUAUUGGCCAUAGCGUUUCUCGCCUUCACAUUGCACUUUCGAAAAAUGAAAGCAAUUAAGCUCUCCAGCCCUAAACUGAGUAAUAUUUCUGCAGUUGGUUGCGUUUGUGUGUAUGUUGCCGUAAUUUUGCUCGGACUGGAUUAUUCCACGUUACUCACACCGGAGAGUUCCUAUUCCAAUGUUUGCACGGCACGUGUCUAUUUGCUCUGCGCCGGCUUUUCGCUGGCAUUCGGUUCGAUGUUUGCCAAAACAUAUCGCGUUCAUCGCAUUUUCACACGCACCGGCAGCGUAUUCAAGGAUAAAAUGCUGCAGGACGCACAACUUAUAAUGUUGGUUUGUAUACUGUUGGUGGUCGACGCGUUGCUCGUCACCCUCUGGGUGUUCGUCGAUCCGAUGGAGCGGCAUUUACAGAAUUUGACGUUGGAAAUCAGCAGCAUUGACCGUAGCGUCGUCUAUCAGCCACAGGUCGAAGUUUGCCGUUCGCAACACACUCAAAUUUGGCUGGGCGCCUUGUAUGCCUACAAGGGCCUCCUGCUUGUUGUCGGCGUUUAUAUGGCGUGGGAAACUCGUCACGUGACCAUACCAGCGCUCAACGAUUCGCAAUAUAUCGGCGUAUCUGUGUAUUUAGUAGUAAUUACCAGCGCUAUUGUUGUGGUUUUGGCAAACUUGAUUUCAGAACGUGUGACACUAGCGUUCAUAACUAUAACUUCACUGAUACUGGCAUCAACAACGGCAACAUUGUGUUUGUCAUUUAUACCAAAACUCUAUGAUAUUUGGGGACGAAAUGUUAUAGUCGAUCCAGUGAUCCACAGCAUGGGUUUAAAGAUGGAGUGCAACACGCGGCGAUUUGUGAUAGAUGACAGGCGAGAGCUACAAUACCGGGUGGAAGUACAAAAUCGUGUUUAUAAGAAAGAAAUAGCCGCGCUAGACCAAGAAAUACGAAAGUUGGAGCGUAUGCUUGAAUUUGGCACGACAUCAUCAGCUACGUCUUCUUCCUCAUUAGUCGCAGGACAACAAAGGCCUGAGUUAACAGUGACCAGCGACACAUCUAUAUUUAUGCAUCAAUCUUCACCAACUUUUCCACCCGUUUUCCCUGCCUUACCACCGAGCAAUAACAAAUCGCGCGCUCCAAGCAUAUCAGGCAUACUGCCCAAUCUUUUACUAUCCGUCUUGCCACCAGUGAUACCGCGCGCCAGUUGGCCCUCCGCGGAGUAUAUGCAAUUAUCGAUGCGACGUUCCAUUGCGUUCGCCUCGCAGCCACAGUUGGAAGAGCGUAAAAGCGCUGCCACCUGUCUGGCCGAACAAGACCUAUACAAUCUACGUAUUGCCCACCGACAAGCCACGGAAACCAAAACCGGACUAAUCAAUCGUCUACGUGGGAUAUUUUCACGUACAGCAUCUAGUAACAAAGGUUCCAGUUGCAGCCUGGGGGAGCAAAAGAGUUUACGUGCUGCAUUUAAGUCGCAUAUGGGACUCUUUACGCGUCAUGUACCCACCGCACAGGCAGCCUCCUGUAAUGCCAUCUACAAUCAGACAACGCGCAACGAUGAAGGUUUGAAUGAGUCGAAUGGAGCGCCACUCAAAGCUAUGAAGCGUUUGUCAUUCGCUAAGAGCGGUACACAUUUGGAUGCCGCUACGCCGGACCCCAAUUUUCUGCAAAUACCAACGAUAUCGGCGGAAACACCAGAAGAGCCGACGCAUAUGGGUUUGAUACUGCCACUGGACGAUAGCGAAUUGGAGCGCAUCGGUGUAGCGCGCUAUACCAAAGUACACGAGACUAAAGUGAAUUUCCAACUGCCCGCAAAUCGGCGACCGUCCAUACUACAACCACAGCCCUCUAUGCGCGAACGAACGCGUUGCUCACCGCGUUUUCCGCAUCGCGUGGUGCCUACCAGCAGUCUCGGUGCAUUGGAGGAGGCUGACGAUCGAAGUAGCAUAGCGCUGAAGGAACGUAUACCGUUGGGACGUGCGACAGGUGCCGGCUAUUGGAAAUCUAUGGAAGUAACUACCGAAUCUAAGUUGUCGCUUAGUGUGACACCGAGCGAAAAAAGCAGUACACCGACAUCAGGCGACGUCGAGGAUAUAAUCGAAAUUGAAAUCACAAAACCAAUGGAUUAAGUUUAAUUUUCAAACUUCGUAAAGUUAUAUGGUUAAACAGACGCGUGGGAAAUUGAGCGCAUUCUAAAGUAGUGAACGAAAGAAAACUCCGAACAGUAGUCAAUUACCCCUUUAGGGUAAAAGAGUUCUUGAAGUGUUAGUUUAUAGUUAAUAAAUCCCGUAAGGAAUUGCAGUUAUUUCAAAUUUUCUACCUGAUACUUUUACACAGACAAUCCUUUAACAUCUAAAUAUGUAAAUAACUAGGUAAGUAAAUUAAAAAAUACCAUUUUAAUGAACUUUGUAAGUAGCAACCCUUUAAUGAUAAGAAAGUUAAAAUAAAUUUAAAAACUCAACAGCGCCAGUUAACUGAAUAUUAGGUAGGAAGAAUUUAGUAGUUGCAUAUUUAGUAUAAUUAUAUAUCCAAGUACGAUAAAAAACUUUAAUGAAAUAAUACCGAAUGAUGUUGUUGUUUUAACUUACUUUGAAAAGUACAACCCCUACGAUUCACUCUACAUUUAACUUUUGUUAAAGUCGUAUUUCUCUUUGAUCGUAUUGACUUAAAAAUGAUCCAAGUGUGGCGAGCCGAGAACAUUACUGAUAUAGAUAACAUAGCUACCCAGUCUUAUUAGUAUACAUAUAUUCACAAAGACUCAAGAGAACUAAUGAAAAACCGCUUAGUCAUCACAUGAUCAGAGAAUAUCUCUUUCAAAUGUUGGACGCGGAUCCGUUGAGUACAAGUUUUGAUUGCUCGUCGAGCAUUUCGCCGGUAACUGGCGAAUGACACGAGUGAUGAUUUGCUGCAAGGUCUGAUUACAAGGGAAAAAGUUUCACCAUCUUGGUGACCAAUCGAUCGGCCUAAAACGUGAAAUUAUCUCAAUAAAUUGAAUGGAUGCGAUGUGCGGCCAAGAUCACGAGUUUCAAUUUCAUGACGUAAUUACGGUCGCCAAUGACGGUUAUGUUCGCAUUAUUUUUGAAGACCAAAUCGUUAUAUUUUCUAGAUGAAAGGAUGCUCUUGAAUCUCUUCAGGUUGCUCUUCGUCCCAAACGCGGCUAUUCUGUUCAUUUAAAUACGCAUUGAGCCAGAAAUGAGCCUCAUUGCUGAACAGAAUUUGGCUCGAAAAAGUCAGAUCUUCUUGGAAUUUUUCUAGAGCACAUAGAGCUACGCGAUGUCGCUUAGGAACGUCGAGCAAUUUCAGUUCAUGCACAAGCUGUAUUUUGUAUGCUACCAAUUUAAGAUCUCAACGUAGAAUGCGCCAAGUCGUCCCAAUUGCUGCAAACCGGACGAAUCGACUAUCCACGGUCUUCGUAUACGCUCUCCGCUACGGCUGCCAUAUUUUCUUCACUGCGUGCGGUACGUAGUCUAUUCGGUCGUAUAUUAUCCAAUAAUAAAUGCUGGUUCUCAAGAUAAGAGAUGGUAUUGCGAAUAGUAUGGUCCGUAGGCCGUAGGACAAGUUGAGCGCAGCGAUCGAAACUCAUUCUUUACAGAACGUGAAUUUUCGUAAUAAUGUUGACCACUUUGAAAACGACUCACGCGUGAUCUUUCAAAAAAAUGCUAUUGAAAAAAGUACCUCUACUUGUAUCACCCUUUAUAAUUGUAUAAAUUUUGGAUUAAAGUCACUUUUUAAGGUAACAAUUGGCCAAUUCCACCCAAAACCAAACUUCUCUCUUCUUACAAAAUUAGGAAACAACAUAUCUUUACAUACAUAUACCCAGUUUCAUCGAAACAUCAAAAUUUUUAACCAAGUACCACUUAGAACAGGGAGGCGAAAUCGGGAAAUCCGAUUUAUACAAGUCGUUUGUCACCUAUUCUUCAAGUCACUUUUUGAUUUUUGUUUCAAAAUAAUAUUAUUCCACAAAGACUGAGACAGUCAUUAUAAAAAAACCAAUACUAAAUUAGAUUCCAAUACCGAUAGUAGACUCAUUCCCAUGUCACAUUCUAAAGAAAAACAACAAAUAUACGAUUUAAUUUAAGCCCAAGCGAUAUCGACAAGAGAACCUGUCACUCUCUCAGAAUUAAAAAAAAUAUCUUUAAAUAAAUUUAUUUAUAAAGCAAAAUAUGAUAUAGUAUAUGUAUGUAUAUCCAAUAUUUUACUAAACUUCAAUUUGAAGUGCACUAUUACCAAUAUCAUUCGAAGCAAUCGAACAAAUUCCUAAAUGUGAUGUAACUCUUUUCGAAUCCCUAGGUGUACAAACUGUCCCUCCAUAUAUACGAAUAUAAGUACAUGCAAUAUACUACUCACGGUUUAUUUAGAUUAAGUAAGUCUAGAUAUAGUACUAUAGUCGUAGCAAAACAUAUCUAGGAUUGGUAAUAUCUAGUUUUAAGUAGAACUUUAAAUUUGCAAUAUUUUACACCAUUAAGCGCUCAUUGUGAGCCAACUACGGUAUGAGGAAGCAAUAUUUAAUGAAAAGUAAAUAAAUAGGUGAUUUAACGCUAAUAAGAAACAAAUACCAUUGCUCAAGCGGAUUCAAUUAGAUACAUACUAAGUAAGUAACUAGACAUUUUAUGUAAUAACUGGUACACACAGUAUAAGAAAAACUGUAGAGAAAAAAGCAAAAAUGCGAAAUUUCAAAACGAAAUAUUUUAUGGUCUCAAUGUACAAUAUAGGAUUACUAUAUACACCUUUAAUGUAUACACCACCAACACCUUUAUAAAGCAAUAAGUUUAGAAAUAAAGUAAACCAAGUCACUCAA